AUGGCGACCCCGCAACCGACAGCUCUUCAAGGGCAGCAUAAGCACGCGUGCUCGCUCUGCGCAAAGAGGAAGAUCAAAUGCGACAAGGCUGAGCCAUGUUCAAACUGCACAAAGGCACAGGCGCAAUGCCUCUACGAAGGACCAGCUCCGCCGCGACCUCGAAAACGAGCUGCUGACGAAGAGCUCCUUGCGCGCUUGGCCGCAUACGAGGACUUGAUGCGGAAGCACGAUGUCGACUUUACGCCGUGUUCUCAUGGUUGGAUUACGUCUGGGCCUCAGGGGCGGAUCAAGCAAGAUAAAUCUGAGGCGAUAUCCUCUGCGACGUCUCCGCUCGAUCACCAGAGCUCAACGACUCAAGUGUUGAAGGGUAUUCCCUUGACAACAGAGCGUUGUCUUUGGUCAACUCUCCCGGCAGAGCUCAUGUACCCGCCCGUGCAGUGCCUCACUCGUAAAGAAGACCCUCUGCAUAUCCCAACGCCAGCGCUUCAUGUUUUGAUGACGACCGUUCAACCCGAACUUUCACAGCUCCACCCGGACCCAAGGCACAUCUGCCGAUUUUGGCAGAUCUUUGUCGAGGCCGUCAACCCAUUGUUGAAGAUCAUCCAUGUGCCGACUCUACAGCAGCAGGUCCUGGACGCAAGUUGGAACCCGUCUGGCGCAUCAAAGCCGCUUACAGCCAUGCUAUUCGCCAUUUACACUCUAGCUGUCACCUCCACGUCCAUUGAAGGCUGCCAGACUACCUUUGGCGAGGCCAGGAGCACGCUCAUACUGCGCUAUCGGACCGCCGCUUUGCGUGCUCUCAUUGCAGCCGACUUCCUCACCACGCGAGACUUUGAGGUUUUGCAAGCCUUUAUUCUUUUUCUCUUUUCUGACCCAGAUUCGGAGCUGACAUCCACUCUGACCGGCGCCGCAAUCAGGAUCAGCCAGAAAAUGGGUCUGAACAGACCAAAGCCAGAUCCAAAAGUAUCGGUAUUCGAGACUGAAAUGCGUAUACGUCUAUGGUGGCAGUUGAACGGGUUGGAUUCUAGAGUGAGAAUCGUCAAAAUUGCGGGCAUGCGACUCCCACCAUCCGAAAGUGAUUUCGGCGAUGUCCGCCUCCCGCUCAACGUCAACGACGCCGACUUGCAUCCAGAAAUGGCGGAACUGCCACCGGAGCACCCGGGCGCAACGGAAAUGCUCUGCGUGUUGAUGAAGUUUGAGACCUUCAACAUCAUCAGAUCCUCCAGUAGAGCUGUCAAGGUCUUUGAUGUCAUCAUACACGGCCCUGGGAAAGACAAGCCUCCAUCAAAACUAGAAGAUGAUGCGAUCAACGAGAUUGAGGCCAUUUACCACGAAAAGUUCAUUCGGCACCUAGAUAGGAAUAUUCCUCUCCAUGCUCUAGUGUAUACCAUGACCAGGCUCACGCUAGCUCGCUUCCGGUGCAAGGUGCACAGCCCGCGAGGCCGGGCUAAUAGCAAUGGGGAGGUGCUCAUGACGCGCGAGGAGGGUGAUCUGGUUUUCGACUGGAGUGUGACUUGGCUGGAGAUGAUGGAGAUUGCUAUGAGCAGCAAGUUCUCCUCGCACUUUAUCGCGCAUAUGACGACGAAAUUCACCGUGGAUGUCUACAUCUAUAUCAUUAGUGAUCUCCGCAAGAGGGUCUCUGGUGAGCGGGUCACGUUGGCUUGGAAGCUUAUAGAGAGUCUCUACGGAUAUCAUCCGGAACUGAUUGAGAACACGGAGAGUUCCUUCUAUGUGGCGCUAGGGGACUUGACAUUGGAAGCUUGGGAGGCUAGGAGGAGAGAGUUGGUCAAUAUCCAGGGGAGUCAUGAGACCGAUAAUCCGCCCCGGUAUAUUUGCUUGCUUCGGGAACAGAGGCAACAGAAAAUUGCGCCAGUUUCACAGGUGCCUGCGGCAGACUUUCAAAGUCUUGACCCUCUGGGACUCACCGAUUCGGCAAACUUGGACUGGGACUAUUGGAAUGAUUUUUUACGACUGUAG